AUGCCCCGCGCCUCUGAUGAAAGGCCGGCCCCAAACUCCCGCGCCCAAAACCGGCGCGUGCGCAAUCCCUUCUAUAAUCUUUUGCGCGUGCGCCAGUUUUGGAGGCUGGUAGCGGCCACAACAUCUCGCGAGAACUCACGGGAUGAGCCGGAAAAGGCGGAGCUUACGCGCCAGCUGACGAAUAGCAAGCGGCUCUCGAGCCUUUUUAGGCUUUCCGCGGGUGUUUCUGUCUCAGAGGCGCUCGGCUGCCUCUCGCGGGUGUGGGUGCGCGCGCGCAGCUCCGCCCCCUUUUUACUCCAGGAAGCCGCUUCCCUCAUGCGGCCUGCACGUCUGUCCCGGAGGCUGCUGCUGCUGCUGCCCUCCUUCCUGGGGCGACCUCCUCCCCCGGUUGCACCCUGCGGCCUACGAGGACACCUCCACGGAACGAGACGAUGCGCGACCUCCGCCUCCUCCGAGAACUCCUCGUGCUUGGGACGUGGCUUUCCUCGGGGCUCCCAGGCCGCCGGGAAUUCCGAAGGAAGAGAUGAUGCUGAGGAGACGUUUCUGUUCCCCGAAUACGUGCGAGACCCAGAGCCUGUCGCCGCCCUGGAGAAAGAAGUGAAGGAGCUGCGCGACUUGCAGCAGUUGCGUGAGGAAGAAGAGCGGCGGAAGCAGCAGCUUCGAGAAGCGCGGUGGCUGCAGAAGCUGCGACCCCAAAGGCGCGAAGAGCAGACGAGGAGCCUUUCGGACCCGUCCUCGCUGCACAGCGGCCUCAGCUGUUCGGGGUGCGGGGCCGAGCUGCACUGCCAGGACCCGGGCCUGCCGGGCUACCUGCCCAGCGACAAGUUCUCCGGCGCCGGGGCUGGGACCGUGUGUCAGCGUUGCUGGCUGCUGGUGCAUCACCGACGGGCCCUGCGUUUGCAAGUGAGCCGCGAGCAGUUCCUGCAGCUGGUGAGCUCCGCGCUCAGGCGACCCGGGCCUGCCCUGGUGCUCUACAUGGUGGACCUGCUGGAUCUCCCUGAUGCCCUAAUGCCACAGCUACCCGCGCUGGUGGGCCCCAAGCAGCUGAUCGUGCUGGGUAACAAAGUGGACCUGCUGCCCCAGGACUCUCCUAACUACCGGCAGCGGAUCCGGGAUCGGCUGCGAGAGGACUGUGCCCGUGCUGGGUUACUGCCUCCCCCUGGGUCGCGAGGACCCCCGCACCCUAGUGGAGACGGGCCCAGGAACUUGGAGGAGGAGGAGUCCAGUCCCAAGGCCAAGCCUGGCCCUCUGCUCAGAGAUGUCAGGCUGAUCAGCGCCAAGACCGGCUACGGAGUGGAAGAGUUGAUAUCUGCACUCCAGCGCUCCUGGCGCUACCGCGGGGAUGUCUACCUAGUGGGUGCCACCAAUGCGGGCAAGUCCACGCUCUUCAACACGCUCCUGGAGUCCGACUACUGCAUCGCCAAGGGUGCUGAGGCCAUCGACAGAGCCACCAUCUCCCCCUGGCCAGGUACUACUCUAAACCUCCUGAAGUUUCCUAUUAGCAACCCAACUCCUUAUAGAAUGUUUGAAAGGCAAAAGAGACUGAAAAAAGAGGCAACUAAAGAUGAAGAAGAUCUGAGUCAACAAGAACAAAAUCACCUUAACCUCUUGAAAAAGCAUGGUUAUGUCGUAGGAAGAGUUGGAAGGACAUUCUCAUAUUCAGAAGAACAGGUCGAAGCUGGCUUUGUGUUUGAUGCUGAUUCUCUUGCCUUUGACAUGGAAAAUGAACCUGCCACAGUUGCAGAUAAAUCUAGGAAACGAGUAGAACUGACCCCCCAAGAUGUGAAAGAUGUUCACUGGUUUUAUGACACCCCUGGAAUUACAAAAGAAAAUUGUGUCUUAAAUUUAUUAACAGAAAAAGAAGUAAAUGUUGUUUUGCCCACACACUCCAUUAUUCCAAGAACUUUUGUCCUUAAACCCGGAAUGGUUCUAUUUUUGGGUGCCAUAGGUCGCAUUGAUUUCCUACAGGGAAAUCAAUCAGCUUGGUUUACAGUUGUGGCUUCCAACUUCCUUCCUGUGCAUAUUACUUACCUGGACAAGGCAGAAACUAUAUAUCAGAAGCAUGCAGGUCACAUGUUACUCAAGGUUCCAAUAGGUGGAAAGGAACGCAUGGCAGAAUUUCCCCCUCUUGUUCCUGAAGACAUUACUUUAGAAGAAGGACUUAGAGAUGCUGAAGCAGUAGCUGACAUCAAGUUUUCUUCUGCAGGUUGGGUUGCAGUGACACCUCAGUUUAAGGACAAGCUGCUUCUCCGGGGUUACACACCGCAAGGAACAGUUCUGACAGUCCGACCCCCCCUCUUGCCACAUAUCGUCAAUGUCAAAGGAGAGCGCAUGAAGAAAAGUGUCGCCUAUAAAACCAAGAAGCCUCCUUCCCUUGUGUACAAUCUGAGAAAGAAGAAAACUUAAGUACAUGGAGCCGACCUUCCUUGUGCUGAAUGUUAUCUAUGUUGAACUUGAUCAGAUGCCUUAAAUUAUAUUAAAUAUACCUACCCUCAA